UCAUAAUAUCCCGCUUUAUAUACAUUUCUGCUAUUUUCGUACUAAAUAUUACAACUCUGCUCCGGCCACCGUUCACCGUGAAAAAACAUCCAACCGCCUAAGCGACGGCCAUUAGUGGCGGCCGGUGCUCACAGUUCAACAAAACCAAAUUACUUUGUACGCCCAGAAUAAAGGUCAAUGUUGUAUGCAGUUUCUUCGCCUAAAAUUUGUAGUGGUAGCAUCACUUACACUAGAAUCAGAACCCCAAUUCAAAGGCGUUUAACAUCUUCAACCAGGCUUAAGGUAUCGGCCACGUCAGCAGAGCCGAAAGGGGUCAAGACUGAAUACACUCCAUGGCUGAUUGUCGGAUUGGGAAAUCCCGGAAACAAAUAUCACGGAACCCGUCACAAUGUUGGGUUUGAAAUGGUUGAUCGCCUCUCUCAAGCGGAAGGCAUUGUGAUGAACACUAUACAGUCGAAAGCUUUGAUUGGCAUAGGUUCCAUUGGAGAGGUUCCGGUUUUAUUGGCCAAACCUCAGUCAUAUAUGAACUUCAGUGGAGAAUCGGUUGGGCCGCUUGCUGCGUAUUAUCAAGUACCCUUGCGUCACAUCCUACUGGUCUAUGAUGAAAUGAGUUUACCGAAUGGAGUUUUAAGGGUUCAGCCCAAAGGAGGGCACGGUCACCACAAUGGAGUGAAGAGUGUUAUGGAGCAUUUAGAUGGCCGUCGCGAAUUUCCUCGAUUUUGCAUAGGUAUUGGAAAUCCACCUGGUACUAUGGAUAUGAAGGCCUAUCUUCUUCAGAAAUUCAGUCCCUCGGAAAGAAAACAGGUGGAUGCAGCCUUGGAACAAGGAGUCGAGGCGGCACAGACGCUUGUUCUAGAAGGUUUCAGUAGUCGAAUCAAUAGAUUUAAUCUGGGUCAGAAAUACAAGUAUCAUACAGUCUAAAAUUAUGGCAUUUGGAACAUCCUUAAACCGUGGUGUACUAAAACUGCAAAGUGCAAUAUUUAUUAACCGUAGUGCCAUUUGUAUACACAUAAAGAAGUCCAUAUUGAUUAUUUGUGUAUGCUCUGAUCUGGUAGUCUAAUAUUGGAAUAUAAUAAACUAUCUUCUAUUA